ACUGGAGGAGCUUCAAGGGCUUUUCCAACCCAGAUGAUUCUGUGAGCAGCCGCACAGGGGAGGGGCAGUGGCGCUGGCAGGGGCCUGGGGAUGAGGGACUGGUCCUUGUGCCCCAGGGCGGGCGCGGGGUCAGGCAGCUCUGUCUCACGGCCGCGGCUCGUCCCAGCUCCCGUUAGCAGCAGAGCCCCGUGCGGUGUCGGGGCUCCGCAUGGCUCUGAACGGCUCUGCACGCCCAGGGGCUCAGGGGGGCUGCGUGGCCCGGGCUCUGCUGGAAGAUGGGACCUUCAGGGUCCGUGCGGUGACGAGGAGCCCCACGAAGAAGGAGGCCAAGGAGCUGAAGCAGAGGGGAGCUGAGGUCGUGAAGGCGGAUCAGGACGAUGAGCCAUCGCUGGAGCUGGCCUUGGCGGGUGCUUAUGGAGCCUUUGUUGUGACCAACUUCUGGGAGCACUGCAGCAAAGAGAAGGAAAUCGCGCAGGGACAGCGACUUGCUGACCUGUCGAAGCGCCUGGGUCUGCGCCACGUCGUGUACAGCGGCCUGGAGAACGUGAAGCAGCUGAUGGGGGGGCGGCUGGAGGUGCUCCACUUUGACGGCAAAGGUGUGGUGGAGGAGUACUUCCAGAAGGUUGGUGUUCCCACCACAACCAUCCGACUGCCGUUCUACUUCGAGAACUUCCUCUCCAUCUUCAAGCCGCAGAAGGUCCCGCAGGGAGAUACCUUUGUCCUGGAGCUGCCCAUGGGGGACACCCCCAUGGAUGGGAUGGCGGUGGAGGACAUUGGGCCUGUUGUGCGUUGCCUGCUGAAGUCCCCAGAGGAGUACAUAGGCCAAGUGAUCGGGCUCAGCACCGGCAAGCUCACCGAGGCGGAGUAUGCCACUGUCCUCUCCCAGCAGACAGGCAAGACCGUGGAACCCAGCAAGAUCUCCCCAGAGGACUAUGAGAAACAUGACUUCCCUGGGGCCAAGGAACUGGCCGCCAUGUUCCGCUUCUAUGCGCUGAAGCCAGACCGCAACGUGGACCUGACCAUGAAACUCAACCCCAAGGCCCGCACCUUCUCUCAGUGGGUGGCAGACAACAAGGCCGCCUUCUGACCCUGCCCUCCCUCCUCUGCUGCCCGAGCUGCUGCAGCAGGGGGCAGGAAUGGGGGGCCAAAGGGGGCUGCGCUGAGCCCCACU